AACAGAAGUGUGCCCUGCUGAGAGUGGGGGUGCCUGGGUGGGGGUGGGGGGACCCGAGCGCACUGCCUCCAGCUGAGAGUGAAAUUCCUUGAGAAAGCCCCCUUCCUGUCACAGCACCCACAGCACUCUGAGCCUGCUCGCAGCCCAACGGCCUCUCCGAGAAUGCUACAUUUAAAAGUGCAGUUUUUGGAUGAUUCCCAGAAGAUUUUUGUGGUUGAUCAAAAGUCAUCCGGGAAGGCGCUGUUUAACUUGAGCUGCAGCCAUCUAAAUCUUGCUGAAAAGGAGUAUUUUGGAUUAGAAUUCUGUAGCCAUUCUGGAAAUAAUGUCUGGUUGGAACUGCUGAAGCCCAUUACAAAGCAGGUAAAAAAUCCUAAGGAAGUUGUUUUCAAAUUUAUGGUGAAAUUUUUCCCAGUGGACCCUGGACAUCUGCGAGAAGAGCUGACAAGGUACCUUUUUACUCUUCAAAUAAAGAAGGAUUUGGCUCUGGGAAGACUGCCAUGCAGUGACAAUUGUACGGCGUUGAUGGUAUCCCACAUCUUACAAUCAGAACUGGGAGACUUUCAUGAAGAAACAGAUAGGAAACAUUUGGCACAAACCCGGUACUUACCAAACCAAGAUGAUUUAGAGAGCAAGAUUGUGCACUUCCAUCAGAAGCACAUUGGCAGGAGCCCAGCUGAGUCUGACAUUCUGCUACUGGACAUAGCGAGGAAGCUGGACAUGUAUGGCAUCAGGCCACACCCCGCCAGCGAUGGUGAAGGGAUGCAGAUCCAGCUGGCUGUUACUCACAUGGGUGUACUGGUGUUACGGGGAAAUACAAAGAUCAAUACUUUCAACUGGGCUAAAAUCCGAAAAUUGAGUUUUAAGAGAAAGCAUUUUCUCAUCAAACUUCAUGCCAACAUCUUGGUGCUGUGCAAAGAUACUUUGGAGUUCACCAUGGCCAGCCGAGAUGCCUGCAAGGCUUUCUGGAAAACCUGUGUGGAGUACCACGCUUUCUUCAGACUUUCUGAAGAGCCCAAAUCAAAGCCCAAAACCCUGCUCUGCAGCAAGGGUUCCAGUUUCCGCUACAGUGGAAGAACCCAAAGGCAACUUUUGGAAUAUGGAAAAAAAGGGAGGUUGAAGAGCUUGCCAUUUGAAAGGAAACAUUACCCAUCCCAGUACCAUGAACGACAGUGCAGGUCCUCCCCAGACCUCCUCUCUGAUGUGUCAAAACAAGUGGAAGAUCUGAGACUAGGCUACGGCAGUGGGUACUGCAGAGCUGUGAAUGGAGUGCACGCCUCUGAGCCUGUGCUGGAUAGCAGGAGGAGAAACUCCGCAGUGGAGGUGACGUUUGCAGCUGAGCUGGAGCAUUCCAAACCAGAGGCAGAUCCCAUAUCAUUACAUCAGUCCCAAAGCAGUUCCUCUUUCCCUUUUAUUUAUACAGACCCAGUCUUUACCACUGACCCUGAUCCUGACACUGAUCCCAGAGACUACUUUGAGGAAAGGAGUCCUCUAAGCUCCUUCCAAACAAGCUCUAAGUUUGCUGACAAUCCCAUGAGCACAUCUUCUGGCCUUACAAGCAAAGUGAGUCCAGCAAGGCAGCUUACUUACACAGAUGUGCCCUAUAUUCCUUGUACUGGUCAGCAGGUUGAUAUUAUGCCUCCCCAAGUCUUCUUUUAUGUGGACAGACCACCCCAGGUACCCAGACGGUCUCCAAUCAUGGCAGAGGAAAGGGAAGGACGAGACAGCUGUCUACAGUCUACUGCAGUGAAGUCAGCCAAAAGAAGCCCAAGGAACAUCAGAAUGAAGAGCUUUCAGCAAGACUUUCAAGAACUCCAAGAAGCUAUGGCCAGGACUACUGGUAGGAGCAAUGUGAAUGUAGACCCAGAAGAGCAAGAUCCAACUAUAGGAGAUGCAUUUGCAUAUAACAUUCAAGAGCCAACCCCUAAACGUUCCCAGAGCCAGUCAGACAUGAAAACGAUCCGAUUUCCUUUUGGGUCAGAAUUUAGACCCUUAGGGCCUUGUCCUGCUCUCAGUCGUAAAGCUGACCUGUUUACAUAUAUGUUUGCAGAGCAGGAGUUUCCAACAGUUUUAAUGGAUCAGGGAGCUACAGAAAGGUAUGUGCCUAGUGAAUCCAGUGACUCUGAGUCAGAGAUUCUUAAACCAGACUACUACUCUUUAUAUGACAAAGGAAUAAGGUCACCCAUGGCCAGAAUUCGCUUGUCUUCUGGUAGUCUACAGCUAGACGAAGAAGAUGAAGAUGUUUCUUUUGAUACAUCAACUACUGAAGAUAGGACUUUGCAAAAACCAUGUAAUUACUUUUUAGCCUAAAAUGUGAACCCUAUGAACAUGUCCAGACCAGUUCCAUGUUACUCACUUAGGUGAAACAUAAGGCACUUUCUGCAAAAAACAUUUUCUUUGUUACUGUUCACUAGUAUUAAGGGAAUCUUCUAAGCUUGGGCACCUAGCUUAUGAAAGAUCCAGCUACUGCCUCGUUCCUCAAGCCUCUCUUCUAUUCCCUCUGAAUCAUUCUGGAACAUGCCCUUUUCUCACCAGCCCUGAGGCAGAGUGAGGUGGGUAUUUGUCAUCUCUAUUAUACAUUUCCCCAUAGAGACAUUAUAAAUGAAGGUCAGGUUCCUCAACACCGAAGAACAAUAAGAACAGUUAACAGUAUGGACUGGCAUACAAAAUUGGCUUCUGAUAUAAUUUAGUGAUAACAGACUGUGGCUGUGUUGAUCAUUCUGUUCUUAAACAAUACCGCAACUAAAGGUUUCAGUCCUCAUUAUUUGUGUGGGGCCCAGUAAGAAUGGUUCUGUUUUAUGUUAAAAGAUGUCAAUUUUUAUAACAUAUACUAGGGGGAGCAUGGCCCUCUUGUACUUCAGGAACAGAAGGAACAUAGAUCCUUUCAACAGAAUACAAGUUUAUAGUUUAUCUAGGACUUGGCAGAAUUCUAAACCUUGGAAAUUCAUGAACUGAUCAGUUUCUAAAACCAGGCAUCUGCUGAUGAGGACAAUAUGAUGUUUGACUUAUUCUCUAUUCUUAACUAGCUAUAAUAUGUAGUGAAAGAUAAAAGUUAACAUGUUGGUCUGUUAAUCUAAUUUCUUCUGCAAGAAUUUAUUUUU